CGCACGACAGCCUUCAUCGCGCCGCUGUGACGCAAUCGCACUUCAAAUGCGCCCUUCGGAGUCCGUGCACUUCACUUUGGCACACAGCUCUCGUUUUGUGAGCGACUUCAAACGAUUCAUUGAAAAGAUCCGACUCAGUAAGGUGAUACAUUCACGAUUCGGACAUUGCUAACUUAAACUGGAAGCAGCUUGUUCAACGUUGUUCGGCAUUAUCAGUUAUGGAGGUCAUUGGUCCUGAUAGUGAUUGGAGGAGCCCAGCCUUUCGACAGAAAGUAGUGGCUCAAAUAGAUGAAGCCAUGAGAAAAGCAGGAACUGCUCACACAAAGUCCAGUACUGACAUGGAAAACCAUGUUUUUAUCAAGGCAAAGACCAGAGAGGAGUAUUUGUCUUUAGUUGCGAGACUGAUAAUUCAUUUUAGAGACAUUCAUAAAAAGUCACAAGGUGGGCCUGACCCCAUGAAUGCCCUGCAAAUUAUACCAGGAGUGGGUGGAGGUGGUCCUGGAGUUAUUGGCAUUGGACCACGGCCCCCUGGUGCACAAAUGGGUGGUAUGGGGCAAAUGCAAAUGCAAAUGGGUCAACAUGCCAUGCAGGGAGUAGCGGGAGGCCAGCAGGCUGGGGCUGCCGGGCAGAUGCCGAUGAUGCAGCAGCAGCAGCAACAGCAGCCGUCCAUUCAGUUUCAGCAGUUCCAGUCUCAGCAACAGGCAGCCAUGCAGCCUCAGCAGCCAGCAGCUAUGCAGACUGCCAUGCAAUUCCAACAGAUAAGGCAGCACCAUCAGAAUCCACAAAUGCAGCAUCAAAAUCAACAACAGCAGCAGGUGCAGAAUCAGCAGCAACAACAGAACCAGUUGCACCAAACAAGAAUGCAGCAGCAGCAGUUAGCACAAAUGCAGCAACUGCAACAACACCACCAGCAGCAGCAGCAGCAGCAGCAACUGCACCAACAACAGGUCCAUGCUCAGGCUCAGGCUCAGGCUCAGGCUCAGGCCCAGGCUCAGGCCCAGGCUCAAGCCCAGGCUCAGGCUCAAGCCCAGGCCCAAAUGCAGCAGCAGCAACAGCACCUUCAAGCCCAGGUUCAGGCUCAGGUCCAAGCUCAAGGUCAAGCCCAGGUACAGGCUCAGGGAGUGGCAGGUCAGAUGCCCCCUCACUCACAGCAGCAGCAAGUCAUGGUGCCCCAGUCAUUAGCACAAAUGGUUCCCGGACAGCAUCAACCCAUCAGCUCACUCAGCCAACAACAGCAGCAACAUCUGAAACUCCAGCAGGUAAUGCAGCAGGCAAGAGUAUUGCAGCAGCAGCAGCAACAACAACAACAACAACAAAAGCAGCAGCAACAGCAGCAGGUUCAACAGGUCCAGCAGGCAGGCCAGCUCAGCGCAGUCCCUGGCCAGAUGAUGCCCCGUCCUGGGAUGCAAAUUCCACCCCGGUUGCCCCGCGCCACCCCGAACUCUGCCAUUCCUCAAAACCCCGUUGCCAUUGGAGGACAGCAAAUGCCACAGGGUCAGCAAAUGAUGUCAUCACCCUCCCCAGUUCAGGUGCAGACGCCCCAGCCGAUGCCACCUCCCUCCCAGCCUCAACCGUCCCCCCAGCCUCCUUCCUCUCAGCCCAACUCUGUCGGCUCUGGUCCGACCCCUUCUCCGGGAGGUUUCCAACCCAGUCCCUCUCCUCAGCCAUCCCAUAGUCCUGCAUCUUCACGCACCCCCCAGAGUUACCCCCUGCAGGUACCUUCCCCUGGACCCCUCAACACACCAGGCAAUCCAGGCUCAGUGAUGAGCCCAGCGGGGGCCUCACAAUCUGAGGACCAGCUUUACAUGGACAAACUGAAGCAGCUGUCAAAAUAUAUUGAGCCACUACGCAGGAUGAUUAACAAAAUAGACAAAAAUGAAGAUAGGAAGAAGGAUUUGAGCAAAAUGAAAAGUUUGCUCAAUAUUUUGACUGACCCCAACACAAGAUGUCCACUUAAAACAUUACAGAAGUGUGAAAUAGCAUUGGAGAAACUAAAGAAUGACAUGGCAGUGCCGACUCCUCCCCCUCCUCCAGUGCCCUGUACUAAAAAGCAAUACCUAUGCCAGCCGCUGCUGGAUGCUGUCUUGGCCAACAUCCGCUCCCCAGUUUUCAACCAUUCACUUUACCGCACGUUUGCUCCUGCUAUGACAGCAAUUCAUGGACCCCCAAUCACGUAAGAUCAACAGCCGAAAAAAAUAUAUAUUUUCUCUCA